AUGAGCUUUCAGCUAGGCAAUUCCGAUCCCAUAGAAAUGGGUGUCAUCACCAUAGUUGAGCUUGGAGGACUUGUGGUGGGGAUCUUGCACAAGCUCACCUAUGCUAUACAAGCAAAACAUGCUGAUGAGCAUGCACCUGUGCUAGGGUCCAAGGAAGUCAGUCCCCACCCGGCUAACUGCAACCCUCUGAAGGACGUUUAG